AUGGCGGUCAAUUUGGUAAGGUUAGCAUGUGCAGCAACUACAAGAGCAAUUUUACCCCGAAACUCGUCUUUAUUGACCACUGCUAAUGCAAGGAUCUUACAUAGAGUUAGUCUUCUAUCAGUUMAAGUUACUGGUCCUCAGAUGACAUGCAGGAACUUCUCAAGUCGAGAUGGGGAAUAUGAAAAGCUGUGGACUGCAGCAACAGGAGGAAGAGGAACUGGACGAGGAAGAAAGAAAACAGUACAGAAGGGUGUUGACCCAGAGAAAUUAAAAUAUGGCCGUGGUSAAACUAAAUGGGAAGGAUUCAAUGCCCCUGUUGUUCUUGAAGGAGCUGAAGAAGUAGAAAAAGAAGUUACGGRAAAGAAAGAAUGGGAAAAAACUGGAAAAGGAAGAAUACCAUGGAGUCGAGGGUGGAGUGGAAGAACAUGGCCAGGAAGAAAGGCUGGCAGUCCAGAAAGACCAGACAAAGAAGUGUUAGAAGAUUUUGAUUCUGUUGUUCUUGAGCUGGUGAGAGUUAGCAAUGUUACAUCUGGAGGAAAGAAAAGGUCACAAAGAGCACUGGUUGUUAUUGGAAACAGGAAUGGUGCUGCUGGGUUUGGAGUUGGAAAGGGCAGUACACCAAUGACUGCUAUCCGCAAGGCUAGAAAUACUGCAGCAAACUAUUUGUACUACGUAGAACGCUGUGACGGCCACACAAUUUUCCAUGAUUUGGAGACACAGUACAAAAAGACGCAAAUAAUAUUUCAAAGGAAACCAAGUGGCUAUGGUUUAAGAUGUCACCGUGCAAUCAAAGAAAUAGCUGAAUUACUGGGUAUUGAUGACAUGCGCUGUAAAGUAAUUGGUCCGACUACGCCUCUCAAUCUUGUGCGUGCUGUAUUUCAAGGCCUUACUAGCCAGGAAACACAUCAAGAAUUGGCAGACAGAACUGGUCUAAACGUUGUAGAGUUUAGACAGGAACUUGGUAACAGACCAAUUGUAGUUGCAUCACCUAGCAACAAGGCAGCUAAAGAGUCUCUCAAAAAACGAGUCMAAAAAGAUGAYUAYGACUUUCAYGAAAUAUUUGACCCAUACAAAGGAUUACACAGACCUAAGAAAAAGUCAGAGUUAUUUUAAUAUCAUAAGCUUGCUGUACAAACAAUUUAAAGCAAUAAAAAUAAUUUAAAAGUGUAUUUUC